CCCCCCCACCUCUCCCUUCGAAAAGCAGUAUUAGCAUUUUCCCCGAAAUCUCUCCACCUCACCAAAACGCUCCGAAUGGGAAGAAAAUAUGGCAUGAGGGAGGCGGCGGCUGACGACCACCAUUCACCGUCUUCUACCGAGUACAAACCCCGGCAGAACAUGGACUUAAGGAUAGGCGGCAGCGCGCGUGGAGAGCAGAGACAACGGAGCACAAAGCGGAUGGGAGAAAACGCUUAGCGUUUCUGCAACACGACUCAUCAUCAGCCUGUAAUAUCGCUACAGACGCACAAGGGACGCAAGGUGGGAGCUGAUUAAAGCCUCCCAGACUGUGUAUACAGAAAAAAUAAGCGGACUUUUGGUCCUAUUCGUCAGCCUCAUCAGUGCCAUCAUCUCGGGCUGAAUAAAAGACCAGAAUGAGUGAACAGAGCAUCUGCCAGGCGCGGGCCUCGGUGAUGGUCUACGACGAUGCCAGUAAGAAAUGGGUGCCCAUCAAGCCUGGGCAGCAGGGCUUCAGCCGCAUCAACAUCUACCACAACACUGCCAACAACACCUUCAGAGUGGUGGGCGUCAAACUGCAGGACCAGCAGGUGGUGAUCAACUACUCCAUAGUGAAGGGCCUGAAAUACAAUCAGGCCACCCCGACCUUCCAUCAGUGGCGUGACGCCCGCCAGGUCUACGGGCUGAACUUUGCCAGUAAGGAGGAGGCCACCACCUUCUCCAACGCCAUGCUGUUCGCCCUCAAUGUCCUCAGCUCACCCGACGGUGGAGGUCCAGUUGUCCAGCGUCAAAAUGGGCCCUCCUCAGAGGAAAGCGAGGCACAGAGGAGGAUGAUGGAGCAACAUCAGAUGCACAAGGAGAGGGAGCGACGAACGUCAGGAUCAGGCCCCCCUGUCUCUGCAGGUCACCCAUCUAUGCUUUCUGUGGCGCCUCCUCCAGCUGCAGUUCCAGCACCCAUGGCUGGUCCUCCAGCCCCACCACCACCACCAGGUCCACCUCCCCCAAUGGCAGUGCCCCCACCCAUGCCCCCUCCACUGCCCACUGGUGGAGGGCCUCCUGGGGGCCCACCUGGGGUCCAGCACCAACCUUCAGGACUAGCUGCAGCACUGGCGGGAGCCAAACUACGUAAAGUGCAUAGGGAUGAGAGCAGUCCGCCCGGGUCUAGUGGCAAAAGUGACUCCAACCGGUCUAGUGGUGGCAGUGGUGGUGGUGGGGAAGGACUGAUGCAGGAGAUGAAUGCCUUACUAGCUCGCAGACGGAAAGCUUCAGAAAAACCUGAUGAAGAUGACUCCAGUGGUCGAGGGCCAGGUCAUCAGAACUCAACAGAUGCUGUGAAGAAGCCAUGGGAACGAUCCAACUCUGCAGACAAGUCGUCUCUGGUGUCCAGGGUGAGACCCAUUGGCAGCACUAGUGAAGCUGACACAGAAUUUGACAGGAUGAAACAGGAAAUUUUGGAUGAAGUUGUACGCGAGUUGCAUAAGGUGAAAGAUGAAAUCAUUAACGCCAUCAGACAAGAAAUCGGCAGAAUCAGUACAUCCUAAUCUCAUCUGAGCAACAGUAGGAGAGCAAGAGGAGGAGCUGGAGGUGGAUGGACAUGCAGAUGCACAGACGUGAGGACCAAGGAAUGUUCUCUCAAUGUUUCUGUGACCUCGUGAUGCCAUGAUGCAAGUUGCAGAGAUGUUGUGCCAACAUUUGAGUCUGCUGGACAGCGAAAAAAUGGAAGAAAGAAACAGAGAAGAAGCGAGAAGGGGGUUAAUGAGAUAGAGGAGCAGAAGGAACAGAAGGAUGGAUAAAGAACGAUUAAAAGGACUGAUGAACUCAAACAGAGGAUGAGAAUGUACUAAAAGAUGAAAGGAUGGACGGACGUUCGUGCUGAGUUUGGUGUUGUGGUCCUCUCUGUGCACCUAUAGACUCAGUCAGCCCAGUUUUGCAGCUCUUUGUUCUCUGUUCAGUCCAAGUCUUAAGAAGAAAAUAUUUUUGUUUUCUAAGUUUUUACUGUUUUAUUAUUUAAAAACUGUGGUGAUAAUGAUGAUGCUGUUGAUUACAAUGAGUAUUUUAUUGAUAUUAUAGAAGGAGAAAGGAAUCUUGCACAGCAUUUAUGUCAGCCUUUUAUAUUUUCUAUUAUUAUUUUGUGGUUAGUUUAUCCCUAACUAUUUGAUGAUAACAAGCACAAUACGGGCAUCAUGGUGCUGCAGACUCACCUGCCCCAGACUGGCAUAUAUAAAAAAAAAAACAAACAAAAAAAAAAAGAACAAACUGGCUUUUUAUGACCUUGUUCAUACUGGUGUUGUGCAUCUAACCUUUUCUCUCCAGAGAUGUUGGAAAACUUAUUAAUGUUUGAACCACAAUUAGCAACUUCAAUAACCUCUUUCCUUCGCAUCCAAGGCUUAACACAUUACAAAUGAGCAAUUGAUUUUUUGGCAGUUAAUCAGAUAACACACAAUAACAGUCUGCUCUACAACUCCAGUGUGAGCGAGGGAUACGCUUCUCUCUACCCUUUCAGAUGUGUGAAAUCAUUGAAACUUGGGGAUCAUUCAAAAAACAGGCCAACACAUGUAAAUGUGCCACCUGGUUUUACCUAGAUAUAAAACAAUGUAGUACUAUAUAUUAGUCAUCCUAUGCUUUGUGAACCUCCCAAGUAUGCAUGAACCCCCCAUCUCUAUUAAUUCGUUUUUUUAUUUGGUUUGAAAAAAAGAAAAACGGUGGUACAUUUAUUAUAGUGGUUUGUUUCCAUGAAGAUUCCCCUUUCUGUAUAUGAGAAGUUGAACUUGAUAAUAAUGGUAGCAAAGUGGGGAAAAUGAAGGGGGUUGCUCUGGCAAUAUGCAAAUCUUACCUAGGUAAAAAUGUGCAGAAGGUGAAUGGUAGGCCUAUGUGAUGGUAGCUAAAUGUGUCUUUGCAGGAAGGACUUGUUUGAAUAUCGGUUGUUGCAUUCUAUCCACUCUGUCCGCUCUCAACUACGUUCUAAUUUAAAAUCUGGAAGUAAAUUCAUUCAAACAAAAACA